CUUUUACUUUUCUACAUACGAGGAAUACAGUUUUUUAUUUACAAAGAAUUCAUCAUAUAGAAUAGUCCGUCUUCUGUGUUCGUUCUCUCUUCUUCCAAAACGCCUCUUAGGAAAAGGAGAAUGCUGAGAGCUUCUCAACGUCACCAACAAGAUCGUUAAAUCAAUGCCUUACACUCUUUGGAUUUGAAGUUAUUUACAAAGAAUUUGUCGAUGAAUAUGCUAGACGACUACACAUUAAAAUCAAUUUAUCCUCAAUCGCCUUGACCCCCAAGCGUCGUACUCAGCGAGUUUUUUUUUGGCUCUUUGAUCAGUAUGUCGAACGUUACAAACAAAAGGCCGGCGAAGACACGCCGAUUGUCGGUGGAGGAGGAGGAAAGCCUAGAGUUUCCGCCGCCUAGCGAAAAUCGGGCGGCCGCAAAAAGAGGAUCGAACACAGGACAAUCCGGAAAAGAAGAUAAGUCAACAGACGAUGAGGAAGAAAAAGACGAAUUUGUGCCGCCCUCAUACUUCUCCAUUUUUCGCUUGAAUGGUGAAGUGUGGGAGUUCCCAAUCAGCAGCAAGAUUCUGCAAGGCAUUGAUGUUCGCGAUAUGAACCUGCACCACGCCAAAGGCCUAAUUAUCCAGGAAGCUAACAAGAAAUCGCGCUCCUCCAUACUUUACCCCAAUCCGGAGGACGCGCUGCUCGCGGGAGGAGCGCACUUGACCCCUGAGUGUGUGCAAUUCCUGGACUCAGACACGCUCGAGCCACUGGACGACAAAGUUCUGGCAACAGCGGUUGACUACCAAGUUACGAUGUGCUUCAAAUCACUGCAGGCAUGGGAUCCAGUUUUUGCCAGUGAUGUUCGUGAAAUAGAAGAGCACUACAACAGGAAAGACGAGCGAGAAACUACCUCCUCCGAUGGUGCGACUUCGAAAGAACCCGAUCACGCCUCUAAAAGGAGAGAAGAUGAAGUAACAGAACGGAGACUGGACGAGCUGGCUGAGCUAUGGAUAGGCAAACUGGAUGACCACACACCGAGAGAGCACUUGAGCUCCACGCUCGCGCGAAGUCACGUCGAUACCCUCACGGACCGCAGCGGAAUCUCUUUCAAAAACUACGUCUUUCAUAUGGAUGAAGCAGUUUACGUACACAUACUGACGAUGUGCUCGACGAAGUUGCGCGAAGGUUACGACAAAACAUAUGUACCUCUCGUACUAUUAUUUCGAUAUUGCUGUGACUGUAUAAGGAUCGUGGGCACGACACCAGUCGAUGAUUAAGAAGUAUAUUAGUAUUUAUAGUAUUAGCAAUCGACCUCAUUUCCUUAAGAGCCUUCUUUAAGAGGCCUCCCGUAACGAAUUUGAAAUCCUUAAGGAAUUUCUAUUAUAAAAAGUUAUUGUAGCUUUUCCUUAAGGGAGAAAACUGCUCCUUAAGGAGCUCCCUGAAGGCCUAGCUGUUAUAGAAUUGGGCUAAUUAUAGGCCCUCCCUUAAGGAGCUCCCUUAAGAGCAAUGGCGAGCUAGCUAGCUGCUUGCCCCUAGCUAGCGAGCUUGCUGGCUUGCCCCUUGCCCGAAGCUCGCUAGCUAGGUUAGCCGUAGCUAGCCUGCUAGGUGCUUAGCCAUAGCUAGCCUGCUAGCUGCUUAGCCAUGGCUAGCCAGCAAGCUAGCUGUUUGGCCAUAGCUAGGCUGCUAGCUGGUUAGCCAUAGCUAGCUUGCUAGCUGCUUAGCCGUAGCUAGCUGGCUAGCUGCAUGGCCAUAGCUAGCUUGCUUGCUAGCCCCCUAGGUUAGCCGCAGGUAGCUUGCUAGCCGCUGCGCCGUAGCUAGCGGGCUUAUUAGGUAGCUGCCCAGCUCUACCUAGCCAGCUAGCUUCUUCCUUGCUUGGCCAUAGCUAGCUUGCUACCUGCUUGGCCAUAGCUAGCUUGCUAUUACCUGCUUCGCCAUAGCUAGCUUGGUAGCUGCUUGAGGAGACCUAGCUCGGCAGCUGCUUAGCUAUAGCCAGCUCCCUAGCUUACCCGUAGCCAGCUUGCGUCGUAGUCUUAUCUGUCUAGUUGCGAACCUAUGCCCAGUGCAGCGGGCCCUGGAUGGGCCCGCUUUCUGGGCAUGUAUCAUUAUGAUAAGGAACCAUAGGCGGCUUAAUGUUGUUCCAUAACAACUAAUGAUGUACUUAUCACGAUGUAGUUUCUUGGUUACAGCCUUGCCUUGUUCCACUUCCAACAUCGAGCUAUACUCAAUAGCUGAAUGCCCUGGUUUCAUAGAAGUGUACAUAUGAACGUUGUACGAACAGAAGCGAGAUUGGAAAAUCGGCCACCACCUAUCGACGUCGCAGAACUAUCCGCGCGUGCACGCGGACUGACCGAGGCCCUCUGGCACUAUGGUGCUAAACGCUUUCGUGGAAAGUUUAAAGAGGACGGCUCUUGGCUCCUUCCCGAAAGAACACUUAACUGCGAAACGAAUGAAGAAUGUGCCGAUCAAUAGUUUGGAGGUUUUUUUUAAGCACGUCUGCGCGAUCAUCAUACUUUUGAUGAAACGCUGAUAUUUGUAUAUGUUUUUGGGCUGCACGGUGCCCCCCCUGUGGUCUGGUCUGUAGUGGCGCGCGCGCGCUUUUCCGCGCUGAUUUUCGCGGAUUCUAGUGGUGGAAGGCGUCAAAACUUGGCGCGGGCCUCCCCUUGCGCCUCUCAGCGGGUUCCCCAGGGACCUCCUGGCCUCUGCUGACCCUCGCAGGCGGGAGGUCUCCGGGGUAAAAGGCCGCCGAGGGCGGCCACGGCUUGAAGAGCAAGCAAGCCGAUGACCAAGGGCCCGAGGGGUACAGGCUGCACGGCUCAGGGGGUCCAGCCCCUCGCCUUUUGCCGCCUUCGGAGGCCUUCCACCACCGGCGCACUGCUGCGGCGGCGAAGCGUAUCGGAGGCACUUAGGGCACAGGCAGGCACCUGGGCGGGGGCGCAGGCGAUCCCUUGGGCCCCUUUUGAAGCCUCCCACCUAAAACCGGAGGCCUGUAGGCAACAGCCAGGCAGCUGGAAGGGAGCGGAGGAGGGAGGUCACUUGCCCUCUUUUGAGGCCUUCCACCCCCGGCAGACGCCUCCAAAAGGGGCCCGGGGCGGCGCGGUGCCCCCCCCUACGCUAGGGGGUGACGCCGUCGCCUCGCGCCCUGGUGGAUCAUAUAUGUUUUAGGGUGCAGGGUAGCGGCUCCCCCCUAGCGUAGGGGGAGAGUGGAUCCCCGGACCCCUUUUGGAGGCGUCUGCCGGGGGUGGAAGGCUUCCAAAGGGGUCGAAGGGGCCCCCUCCGCCCCGUUUCAGCUGCCUGCGUGUAACCUAUAGACUUCCUAUGUGCUGGCCCCUCGCCGCCACCGCAGUUUGCUGGGUGUGGAAGGCCUCCGAAGGCGGCAAAAGGCGCAAGGCUGGACCCCCUGAGCCGGGUGGCUCGUACCCUCCGGGCCCUUGGUCAUCGUCCUGCCGGCUCUUGCCGCGCAUUUGGUGAGGGCAACCCAGCAAAAAAGGCCAGGCCUCGCGACUGAGGCUGCCUCUGGCGGCCUUCUAUCCCGGAGACCCCUCGGCAGGGGCCGGGACGCCUGUCGGGGACCUGCAGAGAGGCGCGAGGGACCUGCAGAGAGGCGCAGUUUUGACGCAUUCCAUUCCGAGAAUUCGCGAAAAGCAGCGCGGAAGAGAGCGUGCAAGCGCCACCGCCGGGCCAUCCACAGGGGGGGGCCGUGCUACCCUGCACCUUGGAACGUAUUUAGUGAUACGAAAGGUGAAAGAAUGCAGUUGAUCUACAUUGUUGCCAGCGCGCCUCAAUGCGCGCAUGCUUAUUUCCGAUUCAAGCCUCCCGUGACAGCAGAAGGCGAUCUUUCAUUACAUUGAAAUAGAACAGAGUCCGAGACAAAACGUAACCAGCUACUGGUUUCGAUUCUUCAUCCGAAUGUUUGAAACAAAACCACGCUUUACUAAUUCUUCAAGUAGAGCUGAUCUGAUUUUAAUGUUCAGAAUAGAUCCACGUCCAUGCUGCUCUACGUUAAAUGCGGGUAGUAGUACCGAGUUCGAGGGUCAAGCGGGAUCACUUUUGAAGGCAUAGUCAUUAAAUUCUCAAGAUGAACCAAGAGGUCUCCCGCUACGAUGCAAAUUUCAGAAUCAAUGAGCUCAGAAACACGAAAGCUGAGAUCUAAGUAAAAAG